CUUUCGGAUGAUCAAUAGCAUAAUUUUCUUCCUGCAUUUGAAUACUGUCAACAUAGAUCUUCUCGCCACAAUCAUUAACAGUGCGAUUAAAUAUUAUGCCAACGGUUUAGUCGAAUCGCCAUCAGGAUUACUUAGCUGAUUUUAUACUCUUCAUCGCUUUGGUGCAAAAUGGAUGCUGCUUGGAGCAAUUUUCUCUUCCAGACUACUCCCACCCAAAACCAAGUGGAGGGGACCCUCCAAUCCGAACUCUUACCAGUCCAUAUGGCCUCUCCUCAGACCCCUCCCACAGAGCACAUAAUCCAUCCUCCUUCCACGGUGGACACUGCUGCCCUCAAUGAAGAACCCUUACCUGUGAAGACGGUGUCCCGGCCUGCCCGUGUGCCCCACAUCUGUGCCAUAUGCAGCAAGCAGUUCAAGAACAACUACAACCUGCGGCGGCACCAGUCGGUCCACACCGGGGUACGCAUGAAGCGAGCAGGGGAGCAGGAGGAGGGGGCAAAGGAGGGUGGCAAUGGUGCCGGCCCAGCGCAGGUGGUGUCGGGAGGUAGGACGGAGAGGUACACGGUCCCCCUCACCCUGCUCCACCUCUCCGUUCCUCCCCCUCUCCCCCCUCCCAGACUGCUGGCGUCCCAGCAGCCAACUGUGGGUAGUCAGGAUGGCGAAGAGGUUGCCAUGGCAAGCGUAGUGGCUAGCGUUAACCCCCAUGCUCCUCCUGCAGCUGUUGACAUGGGGGCGGGGGCGACAGUACAGAGGCCAUCGAACCCAAACCCUGUGCGGAAGAAUCACGCUUGUGAAACGUGCGGGAAGGCCUUCCGAGAUGUGUAUCACCUUAACCGACACCGUCUCUCCCACUCGGAUGAGAAACCCUUCUCCUGCCCCAUCUGCCAGCAGAGGUUCAAGAGGAAGGACCGCAUGAGCCACCACGUGCGCUCUCACCAAGGUGGUGUGGAGAAACCCUACGUGUGCCCCCACUGUGCCAAGGCUUUCUCCAGGCCCGACCAUCUCAACAGUCACGUCAGACAAGUCCACUCUUCUGAACGACCCUUCAAGUGUCCGGUACUUGAUACGUGUGAAUCCAGCUUCGCCACGAGGGACCGGCUACGUGCCCAUAUGAUCCGCCACGAGGAGAAGGUCCCGUGCCACAUCUGCGGCAAGCUCCUGUCUGCUGCCUACAUCACCGAUCACAUGAGGGUGCACAACCAAUCGCAGCACCACGCCUGCCAUCUCUGUAACCGCAGCUUCACCACUCUGACCUACCUGCGCGUCCACGCCCAGAAGCACCAUGGCCAGGAGUGGAAGGAGAGCGCUGGCGUCUUCGGCGGCACGAGCUCCGGCGGUGUCCUUGUGUGCCAGCUGUGCGGGGUGCACUGCAAGACCCCCACCCAGCUGCAGGGCCACAUGGGCACCCACAGCACAGGGGGCCAAGGGGGAUCUCCCGGCCCUGUCACCUCUAGUGGGGCAUCCAGCUCCUCCGUGUCCCUUGGCAACAUGGUGUCCGCCCCAAACUUCUACGUCAGCGGCAACACGGUGGUGGACCUGCUAGUGUCGGAUUGCUCCAGCAUCCAGCCUCAGUCCCACAGUUAGCAGAGUGGAGCCUCAUUUGAACCACAGCCCCUUGAGUCCCUAAGUCCUAUAGUGAGAGGUUAGGAGGACAAAGGGGGCUUGCUUAGGGGAGAGCCACAGUAAAGAAUGUAGCUACUCGAAAUCCCAUAGCUAGUGGAAAAGGUCGAAAGGGACAGAGCGGGCUGGCUAAGGGGAGAGAAAGAGGCAGAGAGAAAGUAUGCGAGAACAGUGAGGAGAAUGUGGCGAGAGGGGGGGGGGGGGACAUAUGUCCUGUACGCUGCUGAUUCGAUGACGCUAGAUAACGACAAAUACGAAAGUGAGUGUCCCCAACGUGGCUGAACCUUCUUGCACUUUCAGGACUCCUGUGACACUGUGGUCUUGUGUGCAUCUACUCUAUCCCUCUCCCUCCCUCCUUCCACCCUUUGCCUCCCACGGGCCCAGCAACUACUCCCCUCUGCUAGUAAUGUACCGUCUUUUGUAACUGUAUGUCAGAAACACUUUCCUUUUGCCUCCAUUUUGUCGCUCUCUUUUCCCGAGCCUUCAAAAGAAAGGCUUGUAGUAAGAAGUUGGGGGAUGAUAUAAGAGUAACAGGGAAAUUAUAUUAUAAAAGGGUGCGUGUAAGAGGAUAUUCUGAAAGAGAAUGAAAGGUUGAGGGGGAGAAUAGCACAUAAGUCAGGGGCUGCUACCUUCCAGAAAUGGAGUGGAGUAGACACUGUGUAUAAAUUGUGUUAUCAUAGAGUAUAUGGAUGUAGUCUGUUUUAAAUAGGGCCAACACUGUAUCUGGAGGUUAGCCCAUACUGUAAUGGUGAUUAUGAACAGUGUACUUUAUCUAUUUGUUUCAAGUACAGUAGAGAGAAAAAAAAACAUUGGCAAAGUUGAGUUAAGGAGUAUCAAGCACCUUACAAAUGUUGACGUUUUAAUUUCGCCGAAGGUUCAGACAGGUAUUUGCUCUGCGUCCUCCUCUCUGGGACGGCCACAUUUUUAAUACACAAUGGAGAUGCUCAUGACUGCUACUGUACAGCCAGGCUCAUGACACAGUUCACUUGCACCUAAAACACAAUUUGCAUGAAAGUGAAACUAAGACAACUUUACUUUUCCUAAAAGCAAAAAGUGAUCAUGCUACAAGAACGUUAGCAGCGGUCCCCCUUACACUACAGAUCGAGUGGCCAUUGAUUCAGUCAAAUGAAUUGUACCCAUGUCUGCCAUUUUCUUUGUUUGUAACUGUCAUUGCCAUAGUCUCCUUUGUUUUGUUCCUUGUACGAGUUUACCGUAUUAAAACUCAUUCAUUUGAAUUCUAGACACCACCAUGUAUAGUUGUUAAGACUUUUCCAGUGGUUAAGGUGUGAUGUCAUGGAAGGGCUUUAAAGGUCAAAGGUCAGGUUGAGAUAAGUAUAUCCAGGUACUACUAGUGUUCUAUGCCCCACCCCUAGUAUGCUUUCAACAAGUCCUGGUUUUGUACUGAAGUGCUUCAUUUCAUCUGUUUAGUGUUGGCAUGUUAGCUUGAGAGAAAAGAAAAAAAAGUAGAAUGUUUAAUUUUGAGACUUGUUCUUCCUGUUGAGAAAAGUAGUGAUUUAAUCAAAGUUAUUUUAGGGUUCCCGCAUUAAGCAAAACAAAUUAUAUUUUUUAACUAUAUUCUAUGAAACUGUACAGCUCUUGCGAUACAUCUUAAUGCCUUAUUGUACUCAACUGCGUUUUAAUUAUUUUAUUCUGAACUAUUUAAAAUCUUAGUCAUGGAUUUAUUAAGGACAUUAAUGGGAUGUAUUUAUAUUUUUAUAUUUCAACAAUAUGCAUGUCUAUGAACAGUUGUUGGAGCCAAACAAUUUUUGACGCUCACCACGAUCAUGAAUAUUAAGUUAUUAUUUUGUAGAUGAAGUAGAGAUAAUGUUAUUUUGUAAUUUUUACUAUUAAAAGUGAAACGACUAAACAGA